AUUUCGUUUCACUUCCGCUUUGACAUUCAGCGAGAAGACAGACCACAGACGAAUAAAAUCAUGGCUGGAAUGGAAUUUGAGUACGACGAAGAAGGAAGCACCUUCUAUUACUUCUUACUAUCAUUUUGGGCACUCAUUAUCAUACCUGCAACAUACUACGGCUGGCCAAGACGGCUUACUGAAGAUGAGAAAGAACGAACCAGAAGAGAAUGUCACUGUACACCAUGUGAUGCAAAACGUCAAAGAGUUCAAGCAAAGACAUCGUGGGUAAAAACCAGGCGCAGACUUGUGCAAUUUCUGUUAAUAUUUGGCUGGGUGAUAUUUUUCUUAUUGGCGUACAAGGUAUCCAUGAUUCAAGUGGACUACACAGAGUAUGAUCCAUUCCAGAUCCUUCAGAUUGACAGGGGUGCAAGUGACCGUGAAAUAAAGAAAGCAUACAGAAAACUCAGUUUACAGUAUCAUCCUGACAAAGAGACAGGGGAUAGUAAAAUGUUCAUGAAAGUUGCCAAAGCUUAUGCUGCGUUGACUGAUGAAGAAUCAAGGAAGAACUGGGAAGAACAUGGCAAUCCUGAUGGGCCAGGAGUGACCCGGUUUGGCAUAGGUUUACCUAGGUGGCUUGUAGAAAAGGAAAAUUCCAUGUGGGUGUUGAUGGUCUACAUUGUUCUUUUCAUGGUUAUCAUGCCUGUGGUUGUGGGUGUUUGGUGGUACAGAUCUAUCAAGUUCAGCAAGGACCAGGUCCUCUUGAACACUUCCAGGCUUUACCUGUACUUCUUUAGUAAAAACCCACAGAUGAUCCUGAAAAAGGUUAUAAUGGUACUAGGAGCAUCAUUUGAGUUUGACAAGUCUAACAACCCAGAAAUUAAUGAACGACCCAGUGAUAAUGAAGAAGUGCCACAGCUAAUGAAACAGUUACCUAACUUGGACGAGAAGAACAAGGAGCGCCCUCUGUGUUUUGGCUACAGUGUGAAAGCCAGGGCAUUACUACAUGCACAUUUUGCAAGACUCCAGUUACCCCCUAAUUCACUGGAAGAAGAUCGCAAGUAUAUUUUGAAGAAAUGUCCAGCACUUAUCAAUGAAAUGAUCAACAUUAUAUCACAGCUUGUUGCUAGUGCAAUGGCAAGACAAAGACCACUUGAGAUGCCUCGGCUGGAGACAGUAGAGAGUUGUAUAAAGCUUUCUCAGAUGGUGAUACAGGCAUUGGAUGCCAAGGCCAGUCCAUUACAGCAGUUGCCACAUAUACGUCCUGAUAUGUUGAGACAUUUUGUCACCGGGAAAUCAAAUGCUAAACUGAUGGUUGAGAAAUACCAUGACUUUGUUCAUUUUCAGAAAGGUGUCAUGCAAAAUCCUCGAAUGGACUGGAGUUCAAAGGACUUAAACAAUGCGUUUAAGAGAUUCAAGGAACAUGCGGAGUUCAUGUUUAAAGGACCGUUAGCUAGCAAAACGGUGGAAAUUCAGUGCAACUAUUUAAUGUUGUGGGUCGGCGAGAAGGGACGACAAAUAUACUCAACAUGGGACCUAUCCAAUGAGCAGUAA